AAUAUAUAAAGAACUAAAGAUGUGGGAUCAAGGUGGGCAGCCAUGGCAACAGUGGCCUUUGAACCAGCAGCAGUGGAUGCAGUCAUUUCAGCACCAGCAAGAUCCAAGCCAGAUUGACUGGGCUGCAUUAGCUCAAGCAUGGAUUGCUCAGCGAGAAGCAUCAGGGCAGCAAGGUGUAGUGGAACAGCAAGGAAUUAUGCCAAAUGGCCAGGAGAUGACAGGAAUGGAACCUGGUCCAAACAACCACGGUAAUUUCCAGGGAGAUCCGAACUUCAACAGAAUGUGGCAACCAGAAUGGAGCAUGCCUCAUCAGCCCCCUCAUCCACCUCCAGAUCAACCGUGGAUUCCUCCAGCUCCGGGCCCAAUGGAUAUUGUUCCUCCAUCUGAAGACAGCAACAGUCAGGACAGUGGGGAAUUUGCUCCUGACAAUAGGCAUAUAUUUAAUCAGAACAAUCACAACUUUGGGGGACCGCCACCUGAUAACUUUGCAAUGGGGCCUGUGAACCAGUUUGACUAUCAGCAUGGGGCUUCUUUUGGUCCACCCCAAGGUGGGUUUCAUCCACCUUACUGGCAGUCUGGACCCCCAGGGCCUCCGGGACCUCCAGCACCUCCCGCACCUCCUCAGAACCGAAGGGAAAGGCCAGCAUUCAGAGAUCGUCAGCGUUCACCUAUCACAUUGCCUGUGAAACAGGAGCCUCCUCAAAUUGAUGCUGUUAAACGCCGAACUCUACCUGCGUGGAUUCGUGAGGGUCUAGAGAAGAUGGAACGGGAAAAGCAAAAGAAGCUAGAGAAAGAGAGAAUGGAACAGCAGCGUUCUCAGCUGUCUAAAAAAGAGAAGAAGGAAAACGUGGCGCCAGGAGAAGAGGGUGGACCAAAGUUACCCCAGAAAAGUAAAUUUGACAGUGAUGAUGAAGAUGAAGAUCUUGAUAAUGUAGAGGCUACAAGUAGCGGAAAAGUUAGUAGAAGUCCCUCUCCAGCUCCACAAGAGGAACAAAGUGAACCAGAAAUGACAGAGGAAGAAAAAGAGUAUCAGUUGAUGUUGCUGACAAAAAUGCUGCUGACAGAAAUUCUCCUAGAUGUCACGAAUGAAGAAAUUUAUUAUGUGGCUAAAGACGUCCACCGUAAAGCAAUAAAAGCUCCUGCAAAACAGCUGGCACAGUCCAGUGCGUUGGCUUCCCUCACUGGUCUUGGUGGACUGGGUGGUUAUGGAUCAGGAGACAGUGACGAUGAAAGAAGCGACAGAGGCUCUGAGUCAUCCGACACUGAUGAUGAGGAACUGCGACACAGAAUCAGGCAAAAACAGGAAGCUUUUUGGAGGAAAGAGAGAGAACAGCAGCUACUGUUAGAAAAACAGUUAGAAGAAGAAAAACUCCAGAAUGAGAAGAUGGCAAAAGAGAUGAGUGAACUUGCUAGUAAAGAGCAAAGCAGCAAUUUGCCGCCAGAGGAUGUGAAGCAAGAGGAGGACGAGGAGGUGUUCAGUGAAAAGAAAAAGUCUCCAAAAGAAACAACACCAGAUGUUGAACCCAAAAAAGAGGUUAAAGAGAGAGAGAGACCAGGCAGGAGUAGGUCCAAAAGUUCAAGCAGUGGUAGCUCAAGCGCCAAUAGCAGAAGCAGCAGCAGCAGCAGUAGCAGCACAGCCUCUAGUUCAUCCUAUAGCAGUAGCUCAGGCAGCAGCCGCAGCUCUUCACAUUCUUCCUCCCCCAAAAGAAAAAAGAGACGUAGUCGCAGCAGAUCACUUUCACAUAAAGUUAGGCGCAGUAGAAGCAGGAGCUAUUCACACCGAAACAGGAGAGAGAGGAGCAGGAGUAGGGGCAAGGUAAGAGAAAGGCGAAGAUCUAGUAGGCAUAGGAGUGUGGAGAGAGGAGAGAGGAGACGGAAUCGUAGUCCUUCCCAUGACAGAAACUGGGAGAGGCGUAGAAGCAAUAGUCACUCAAAGGAUAGACCGGCUAGCCAUUCCACUCGCAGUGGGAGUAGAGAUAGACGUAAAAGUGAGGACCAGAGUAGAAGUGUCAGUGGAAACAGGCACAAACACAGCCAUGAUAUGAAAGUUCAGGAGAGGAAAAAGGAGCGCAGUAGAAGCAUAGAAAAAGAUAAGAAAAAGAACAGGGAGAAGGAGAGGGAGAGGGACCAGGAAAAACGUAAAGAAAAACAGAGAAAAGAAGAAAAAGACAGUAAAGCGGGCAACCACGAUGAAAGGUUAAAAAGGAAAAGAGAUAGUGAAAGAACUCUCUCCCACAGCGAUUCAGUGUCUGCAAAAAUUGUAAGGCAUGAUUCUAGGCAGGAGACCAAGAGAAGUUCUACCAAAGAUAGCAAAAAGCAUUCAGGUUCAGAAUCUAGCACAAGAAGCAGUUCUGAGUCGCCAGGCAGCAUCAAAGCAAAGAAGCCUAAGAAAUUGAAGCAUAGUCGGUCACGGUCCGUGGAGAAAUCUCAAAGGUCUGGUAAGAAGGCAAGCCGCAAACACAAGUCUAAAUCACGAUCAAGGUCAAUGACUCCUCCUCGUCGUAAGCGCUGAGGGAUAAUAUGGCGCUAGUGAUAAAUUAAAAAAUUCCAUGAGUUUUUAAGGGCUUGUCUCAUUAUAGAGGCACAAAUGUGGCUACGUAGGUGAAAGCGGAACCUCUUUUUAAAAAAAACAAAAAAAAAUCUGUAAAUAGCUGUAUUUUCUGGAAAUGCUGCUCAGAGUUAAGUACUUGCUAGGAUUUCUUUGUACACAUUUUUCAAAAACGGUAGUGCUUACUAAGAAUAUAAAACAUGCCAUUCUCUUUCAGCUGUAAUGUUCUUAAUUGCUAUUGAAUGUAUUGUGUGAUGUCAAUAAAAUUCUUUAGUUCAUUUUUGUUUAAA